AUGAAAGUCAAUGAUAACCGGGUAAAGAAAUCGUGCAGUCUACUUGCUUGCUUGCGUCAUGCAAUGAGGAUUGUCCGUUGGAGCGGCUAUUUUCCUGUACAUGGGCUUUACCAGCUUACUGCUGAUGGAACUAAAUUUAAAGCAAAGAGUUUCUACGGCAUCUACAAUGUUUUUACUCUCACGGGACAAGUAAUAAUGCUUUGUUUUAGUGUCCAUUUCUUUUUUAACAAUGAAGUCACAGUGCUGUCAGCUUCUAACGUCAUGAUGUAUUUAACGAAUCUCCUUAUGGCAAUAUCUCUAGUACGAUUAGCUAAGUGUUGGCCUGCAUUGAUGAAAGCAGCUGAAGAAACUGAGCGAAGCCUAACUAUAUUGGAGUUGGAUAAUAACACCAUUAAGAAAUCAAAUGUGUUUGCAUACGGGAUAGCAAUAAUAUCUUUAGGUACGCAGUUAUUGAGUACAAUAUCGUGGAGUGAACUACGUGAACACUACUCAAAGCUGGCGCUUCUGGUGAAGGAAAUAGAUACUCAACUGAGCGGUUUUGUACUUCUAUCGUUUUUCUGUGAUAUGUACUACACUUGUGCUCAGCUAUUCAUUUUAUUGCGUAUACUGGCAACUCCAGAUUUUAUCCUGUCCUACUACACGUCCUUCGUGUUCGUCAUAACAAGAUUUGUAUUGCUGUCCUUGUUUGGGGCCAACGUUCACAACACUGCGCAAAAGCCGAUAAUUCCGGUAUACAGCGUACAGCCUGAAGAAUAUGACCAGGAGGUGUUAAGAUUCCAAUUAAUACUUCGUUACACAACAGUAGCGUUUAGUGGAAAGUUUUUCUACGUCACUCGAAAUACGAUAUUACAGGUAAUAAGCACAAUAGUUACGUAUGAAUUGGUACUACUGCAGUUUAGCAAGACAUAUACCGAAGAUGACGUAGCCAAUAAUACCACUACAACGACAUUUUAA